CUAUGUGAAACCAAAAUAUGCUUUGUAAUACCAUACACAGUCACCCAAAUAAUGAUGGGUAUCUUUUUGCUUUACAUAUCCACCCACACAUGCUUGUUAACAGCUUUUUUUCCCUUUUUCAUGCGGGUGUUUUUUUCAUGUGGGUGGACAAUAAGGAGCGUAUCACCUUAUCAAAAGUACUGCUGUGUGCAGUAUUUGUGGCUUGUUUUUAGGCAAUAAAGAUAAAGCAGCGUGGAUGGGUGUCUGGACAUAUAUUUAAAAAAAGAUGUGUCUGAACCUUCCUACAUUUUAUAAGUAAUGUAGGAUGGAUGAAUUGCUUUGUUCAGUCUGGCAAGAAAAAAAAGGGAAUUUAAGAUGCCAUUUGUCCUAGUUUCAAAAUCUGGGAAUUUUUAAAAAAUGCUCACUUAACAUCAGAAACCGAAAACUUACUGUAUAUUGUCUUGAACUGCAGAUUUAGCUGAGUUUUAAUUUUGCUUUCAUGUAGCGACUGUAGGUUGUGUUAUUUCCUGCUGUGCUAAUGCACAGCCCACGUCAACUGUAGUUCCUGUUUCAGUUUAACUUUUUCUGUAGUAUUUGUCCAGACAUGUUUAUGAAACAUACAAAACACCAAUUUCCUCUUUGAUUGUAUGAUGCCCGUAAUGGCUAAUCCUGUCUCCUCGGUCUGUACAAACAGUAAGUGUUGUUAUUUAUUUUACCUUCCUUGUUACAGCUGUAGAUUUGAUAGUGUCUGAAGACUAAAUGACUGACAGAACAAGUCUGGUAAAUGGCCACCGGCUCACAGAAAUUUGUGUUGUCCUGCUUGUCUAGUUGUAUAUUUAUUUUGGUAAUAUUGGUUUGUAUUUAUUACCGGACUGUGUAGCCCAGUAAAGCCCAGUGUGAAAAAUCCUGUUUUUGAUUUUGAUAGUCGAAAUCAAAAGCUUAUUUUGAUUGAUUCUUGGUUUAGAUUAGAAAUCAUGACACCCCUCAUAUGCCAGCUUACCAUCACAUAUAUAAAUUUGAAUGCUCAAAUAUUGAUACCUGUUUCAGAAGUACAGUCAGGCUGCAGUCCAUACACAAAAUGUUGCACACUUCUGAUUUAGGGAAUCUGUGUUUCAUAUGGGUCAUCCAUCAUCCAUUAAUGUGGUAAUUGUAGCUUAUUUUAUCAUGACAGACUGGAAAGAAUAAGUGGUCUCCCUAUAUAAGUCCUUGACAAGUCAAACUCAAAGCACAUUUUCUGCAUAUGUAGACCUCUGAAAUGCCCUUGGCUUUUGGUGACAAAACCAGUGGGAGCUUGAUGGUGUAGUAACGUAGAUUCUGCAGCUCAGCAUACUAAUCAGUAGCUCUUGUGUUUGCAGAAAGAUACUUGUGUGAAUGUGCUCGUCAAGAGGUCUUUGAUUGGCAGCACCUGUGUGAACUACAGACCCUCCGGCCUAUUUCCCAUAUCCGUUGACAGACGAGAGUGGGUCAGGGUCUGUGUCCGAGCAUGUUUCAUAAUGGCAGCUCUAUAUGUUUACUCACUGCUUUUAAAAAAAAAAAGUUUUCUGUUAGAUCUUUUUCUCCAUUGCUUUAUAUAAACCAGAAAAUUAGGUGAAAUAAACAUCAUAGCGAGAUCCAUAUCUUUAAUUUGGUGCAUGUAACAUGUUUUUCAAGGUCUAAGCGUAUAUAGGUCAAGAGGUGGAGCCUCUUGCAAGAUCAGAAGGAAACCCUCGUCCACUAAAGGGAGAAGUGAAAUACCUCAUGGAGCCACCAGCCAGAUAAACAUGGUGAUGAAUGCCAAAGAGCUGUGAUGGUGAAUGGUGAAAAGGAGCGAGUGUCACUGCUGUUCAUGAAGGCUCUGGUCAGCAGGGGGAGCGUGGACGCCGUGUCCCAGCAGAUGGCCUCUCACCCUCAGUACUUGGAGAGCUUCCUGCGCACACAGCACUACAUCUUGCACAUGGACGGCCCCCUGCCGCUGCAGUACCGCCAUUACAUCGCCAUCAUGGCUGCAGCACGACAUCACUGCAACUACCUGGUGUACCUGCACUCAGCCCAUUUCCUGAGGGUGGGUGGGGACCCUCUGUGGUUGCAGGGUUUGGAGGCAGCGCCCCCUCGCCUCCGCCUCCUUGACCACAUCAACAAGGUGCUGGCCCACCAACCCUGGCUCACUGCCUGCUCACACAUCCAGACGCUGCUGAAGUCGGGCGAGCAGUGCUGGUCUCUGGCUGAACUGGUGCAGGCUGUGGUGAUCCUGGCUCACUGCCACUCCCUCUGCAGCUUUGUGUUUGGAUGUGACACAGACUCAGACUUUGUCCCUCUCUCCAAAUCUCCAAACGGUACCCCACCAACCUUCUGCCCCUUUGAUGCUGCCAACGGCAACACCAACGUGCCUCAGUCGCUCGCCACUCCCACUGAACACAUAACACGAAGACGGUCUCUGGACUCCAGCUGUGACAUGGUGUGUCUGAAGGAGAGGAUUCAGAAGUCUCAGGAGGAGCGCGAGAAGAGAGAAGAGCGCCUGCUGCAGACACAAACACUCCAGCAAACAGAUAUGGAAGAAGAGGAGGAAAUGAUAUGCUUCACAGACCCGACGCGCUUUAUCACGGACCCUGACUUAUGCUAUCAGGAGUUUGCUCGCAGGGAGGAGGACCACUUUCAAGUAUUUAGAGUUCAGGACUAUUCAUGGGAGGACCAUGGCUUCUCUUUAGUAAACCGGUUGUAUUCGGACAUCGGGCACCUCUUGGACGACCGAUUCAGGAGUGUGACCACCCUCCCUUCAAUGCACAGCCCCGACCUGAAGAGGGCGAUCUGGAAUUACAUCCAUUGUGUGUUAGGAAUACGGUAUGAUGAUUAUGAUUAUGGAGAAGUGAACCAGUUGCUGGAGCGGGAUUUGAAGCUAUACAUCAAGGCUGUGGCCUGUUUCCCAGAUGCCACCAAAACUCCAGUGUGUCCGCUGAGUUUGGCUCCACUUAAAACUUCAGAACGGAUACACGUUAAUUUACUAAUCAUGGAGGCCCGACUGCAGGCUGAGCUGCUAUACGCCCUGAGAGCCAUCACUCAGUACAUGAUCGCCUAAGUGCUCGGAGAGGCACGAAGCUAAAACUCUCCGCCGGUACAGAGAGACCCAGAGACGGGAUGAUAACGAAAUCUCAGCAGCAGACAGUGAAGUUGGACGAGAGCGGCACUUUUAAGGACACAGAGCUCCAUCAUUUCAUAGCUGUGCCUCAUGAAUGUGCUUUUGUUUUUCUCAGACUAAAUGUAUUUAUACCAUAGUGUGCCACGCCCCCCUCUUCCUGCAGAUUCUCCUGUUGUGAAGUCCUCUUAUCAAACGUUAUGUGCAAUUAUUACUAGAGUUGUUUUAAUUUUUACCUGUUGAUUUGUGUCUCAGCUCAGUCUGAGGAACUGCUUGGUUGCAGCAGUGUGUUACAAUGGCUAAUACUCCCCUUAGUUUGCUCAGUCUCCUUUUGUAUUAACUAUGCUUUCCCCCCCAAAAAAUAUCUUUUUGUACAAGUUGAAUGUUAACAGGAGACCAGGGCCUCUGUUUAUUAUUUUGGACAAUCCCUGUCAGUGUUGUAGGAGGACAUAAAGUGGACCGUGAAGGAUGACAGUUUUUGCUCUCCCGAACAUUUCGUAUUAAUGCUGGUCAAGAACAAACACAACAGUGACACUGCUGGAAGUUACCACAUCACUAUAGUUUCUUUUAAUAAGCACUUUUUUAAACUUUAUAUAUUUAUAAUGCAAGGUAGCUCGUUGGUAGACUUUGAGACACACAGUGUGUGGGUCUGACGCCUUUUCUUCUCCACUGUACGACGUGUAACAAAGAUUUUUAGACUGUUCGUCCUCAAACUUUCAGACUUUACUUUUGUUCUCAACCCCAGAUUUCUGACUGAAAUGACUUGAUUCAAGAUAUUUCAGUGCAUAAUUGCUCUUCAGUGCUGACACACAGAAGGAUUUUUGAAGGUAAUGAUGUUUUCAAAACACACAAUUCACACCUUUAAAACUUCCUUAGGAAGUCAGUGAGCUGUUUUCUACAGUGAAGAUUAAGCUGAGCCAUUCGCUAAAAAGGAUUGUUGUGUUUUUUUGUACUGACAUGCUUCAGAAGUGAUCAAAUCAGACAAUUUGAGACCAAAGGUCAUUAAAACAGCUGGUGUUAGAUUGGAUAGAUGAAAAAUGCCUAGGUCUGCACUGGCCAUGAGUCAUGAGCUUUUAGUAAAAGCUUUGUGUUAAAGCUUUUCUCUGACCUUAUUAUCAAGUCAAAAAUCCAUGGUACAAUUUGCAAAGUAGAACAAUGUGCAAACCAGUUGUCAAAACACUUGUAUCUUUUUUUUCUGUCUUUUUUUAUUUUAUUUUUUAAAUAGUUUUUGUAAACUAUAGAGACGUUUUUUUGUUUUGUUUCUGGGUGUGACGGUAGGACCUGCUUGUUGUGCUGCAGCCUGGGUAGAUGUAGAUGUGUGACAGACUGUUUAGAGUUAAAAACUGCAGGAUGUAGAAAAGAAACAAGUGCAUAUCGAGCAUAUAAAAGCAAAAGUGCUGUCAACACAGGUGCCUUCAGGCUAAAACUGGAGUGCUGCUGAAGAGUGGAGGGAUGUGACUACUGGAGGCUGAAUGUGGGCUUUGGUUGCAGCUGGGAUACACCCCAAAAACGGACAAGUUUACAACUUGUGGGAACUGUUUUCUCUUGGUGUUGGUCAGCGACGUUUCUGAUGAAUAAGUAUCACGGCUGUGAGCCCGUGUUUGCUAUCGGACAUCUUCUACGAGCCCCAGCAACUCAGCAAAGAGCCUUUGACACAGAUGGAUGUUAAAAAUGUUCAACUUGAGCAGAUAAAAAAAAGACAAUUAUCUUUAAAAGAAAGAAAAAAAACUUAGAAAAAAAGAGAACAAGUGAAAAAGAAAAAAAAUGUUUUUUGAAAAUGUGAAGAAAUGUUUUCUAUAAAGACGCUCUAUGAAAAUAA